AUGGAAAGACACAUAGAUAAAAAUGUAUGGAAAGCCAACGAAACAGGUUUCCCUGUAGACAAAAAACGAAAGUACAACGAAUGUCACACCAAAAGCAAGUCCAAAAAAGUCAAAAAAUACCACAGAAAUGAUGACAGCUCUGAUGAUGAGGGUGAUCAUCAUUUCAACAACGACGUAGUGCAGUACAACACAGAUGAAAAUGUUGUUGAAGAAGAUGAGGAAUUUGUAGAUUACUCACUAAACUACAGGAAAAAAUUGAUCUCUUCAUAUAUUGCCAAGAAAAAUUUUACAUCCUGCUUACAGGCAGAUCCUAACUUCAAACUGCCUAAGCUAGCCAGGCUCAGAGAAAAUAUUCACCAUAGGCAAAAAGUCGUUCAUAGAAUCAGAUACCACGAUACUCAUUAUCACCAAGGCAGACACCAUCACCACUAUGAUGUCGAUGGUGAUAACGAGGAAGAGGAAACCGAAAAAGUCACCAAACAGAAAACUCCUGAAAAAGUUUUUGCCUUAAAAAAUGUACUAAAAGUUUCACCAAUGGUUAAAGGUAACUCUGUUAUCAUCAACAACAAUAAUAACACUAAUAAUAAUAACGACAAUAACGUCAAUUAUAAUUAUAAUAAUAGUGAUGACAUCAUUAAGGCUGAUAAAGUCAUUAAUGAAGAUUACAACAACUAUAACUUUAUUGCUCAAGCUAAUUGUCACAAUGAAAGCCAAAAUAAUAUUUGCUCAAUGGACUAUAACAACAACACUAACAUCUGUACCAAUAACAACAUUAUUUACACUAACAACAACUAUAAUCCUGUCAUCAACGACAUCAACAACAACAACAACAGCAAUCUCAAUAACAGUAAUUACAAUACCAAUGUUGGCAAAUGCAUGCCAAACAAGUCAUCCUCAUCCUACAACAAUAGGACGGAACUCUUACUAAACAGAAAUUCGUUUGACUGUAUAAGAACAGAUUUUAGUAAGAAAUCAAACAUUUUUGACAGUUGUCUCUCAGAUAAUCUGACCAAUGAGAGCAAUCCAUCCGAUGAUACUGGCCAAUCAAAAGUUGAUCUGAAGAAAAAGGCAGAGCUAUUCAACGCCAAGCUUGGAAUGAUUUUUAAUAAAGACAGGCAGAAUAUGUUUAGUGCGGUUGUCAACAAUUUCAAUGAUAACUUCUACAACAUUAAUAAUAAUAAUAAUAACAUUAAUAACAAUAAUAAUACUAAUUUUAGUUGUAAUAACACAACUGCAAACACUGAAAUAAGAAGCCAGAUAGAUUCUAGCAUUAAUAAGGAUUCCAAUAAUGGCAUGCCUUCUUCAUUUGAGAACAACAACGUCAUCAGUGGUUAUACCAGAGCAAAUGACAACAACUCUUUUUGCGGCAACAGCAAUAGCAUCAACGACAACAACAACACAAACAACCACAACAUCAAUGUGGCUAGCUUCAAGAACGUCAGUCUCGUUGUUGAUGAUAACAUUUACCAGAGUAGCUUAAAUGACAGUAAUUUUAUUAGCAGCAGCAACUAUUUCACUCGUACAAGCAACUGCAGCAGUGAAGCCGUCAACAUCAGCAGCUGUAGCAGCAGUACCAGUGUCAGCAACAACAUCAACAACGACGACGGCAUCAGCAACAACAAUAUUUACAUCAACAUCGGUAACAACGUUGGAAACAUCGAUGCUCAACAACCUAUCAACAGUUCAACAACAACAUCCACAAAUGCGCCAUCAGCUACAACAGCAACAACAACAACAACAUCAACUUUUAAUACGACGACAUCAAUAACAUCAACGUCAUCCACGACGAGAACAACUCCGUUGAUGACAUCAUUUCAAACCGACUGCUACAACUUUAUUUUCUGCAACAACUUCAUCCAGUACAACAGCCAAUCAAGCGGCAGUAAUGUCAUUUACAACAACAACAACAAAAAUAAAACCAACACAACAACAACAACACGCAGCAGCAACAACAACGAUGAUGAUAACGAUAACGUUGUCCUGAGUUCCUCGAGCUAUGACGAUAGCUCUGGAGAUGAUACCGUCGUCAAUGAUAUCAACGUUGCUUACAUGGAUAAUGUCAUUGAUAAUUACAAUCCUGGUAUCAUUAUCAAUAAUAAUAACAACAACAACAAUAAUAAUAAUAAUAAUGAUAAUAAUAAUAAUGAUGGUGAUGAUUUGUGUGAUAAAAUGAUCGUUUUGCCCCGUGAUAACAAUAAUAAUAAUAAUAGUUUUUCAAAUGCUUACAACAACGAAAAUAAUACUAACAAUAUAUACUUUAGCUUUGGAGAUAACAAAAUUUAUGCCUGCAACAGCAAUAGUAAUAGUAAUAGUAAUAACAACAACAACAACAAUAAUAAUAAUAAUCUGGUGAGUUUAGACAUGAAAAAGUUUAGGAAGUUCUUGAUGAAAUUCGCGAAAAAUUUCAAACGAAAAGGUAACAACAACCACGACGACAACAACAAUAACAUUGGUGACGGUGGCUGCGACGAUGGUGUGGGUUUAAUUGUUGAGAAAUAUUCACCUGGCAACAACAACAACAACGACACUGACAGCAAACUCAACAGCCACAACCCUUCAAUCUCUCUUGAAAAGCAGCAACCUGCUUUUCAACCUGAAUGGCAAAGUGGUACUAGUAGUGAUGGCUGUAGUGUUAGCGGUGAUGUCAAAAGGAGUUUGAAACUUCACAAACAACAUCAACUACGUCGUGAGAAACAACAACAACUGCAACAACAAUCUUUCCCAACACAGCCUAAACAACAUUUACAUAAGCAACAACUACAUAAACAACAUACCACUGAAACUAAACGAAACGAACAACAACAUUUGCAACAACAACAACAACUGCAACAAUCACCACAACCACAACACAGUCAACAAAAUCAACACAGAUAUCUUCAGCAGUAUCUUCAACACCAGCUCAAACAACAGCAUAAACAACAAAUAUAUAAACAACAACAACAAAAUGUACCCGCAACUAUUGUUUCCGAUCCGAGUCUUACAAAGAGACAGAUCGAGAUGGACAUCAAAAAAUAUCGACACAGCACUCUCGAAAACGAAAACAUCAACAACAUCAACACCAACAGCAGCAGCAACAACAACAGCAAUAUCAACAACAUCAUCAACAACAACAUCAGCAGCAGCAACAACAACAGCAACAACAACAACAACAACACCGACAUCAGCAACAACAACUACAGCAACAUCAAAAGCAGCAGCAACAUCAAAAGCAAACAGAGCAUUGUGACCUCGAACAAUCAAUGA